CCGAAAAGCGCCGACGGGUCGGCGAUGUUCCUUAGACUCUGAUGGGGACACUGAGCCGGUUUCCAGGCCCUCUUCUCGCUGACAGCCAUGAACCGGUCCACGAGCCAGGAGAUGAUCGAGCUGAAGAACCUCAACUUGGAGAAGCAGCUGGAUCUGACUCGAGGCUUGCGAGGCACAUCCGAGCGCCCGGUCCGGCUGGAGAGGGCCAACGCCUUGAGGAUCGCCCCCGGGAAGGUGCCCGAGAUCUUGAGCCGCGUGAGACAGAUUCGGCUCCUGGGCGGCCAGAGCGACCCCAAACUGACCGAGGAGCUGGGCGAGGGGCACAUCUUCAAGCCUUGCACCCAGAAUCAGCCGACCUGGUGCGACUUGUGCGGGGAGUUUAUCUGGGGCAUGUACAAGAAGCGUCUGCAGUGUGUCCACUGCAAGUUCAUCUGUCACUACCGAUGUCGUGUUCUGAUCCGACUUGACUGCAGCGGUCCCAGAUAUCAAGACAGUGAUCAGAAUGAAUGUAAUGAGCAGACGGUGGAAAAAGACACCAAUGUGGAUGAGCAGAUUGACUGGGAGAAGCCUAUUUUGUCCCAAACUGAGAUUGAGCAGAAGAUAAAGGAAUACAAUGGCCAGAUCAACAGCAACCUCUUCAUGAGUUUGAACAAAGAUGGUUCCUACACCGGCUUCAUCAAGGUGCAGUUAAAGCUGAUUCGUCCUGUCUCAGUGCCUGCUAAUAAAAAGGCACCCUCUAUCCAAGACACAAGAAAGAGCUCCUCACGCAGCCAAGCAGUAAAGCGCCGCACCUCAUUCUACCUACCCAAGGACACAGUCAAGCACUUGCAUAUAAUUUCUCGUACAUGUGCCAGUGAGGUCAUAGAGGCCCUGCUCAAGAAAUUCAUGGUCGUUGACAACCCCCGCAAGUUUGCCCUCUUUGAGAGAACAGAAAAAGAUGACCAAGUGUAUCUCCGCAAACUUUCUGAUGAGGAACAACCUCUGCGUCUCCGACUGCUGGCUGGCCCUAAUGAAAAAGCACUUAGUUUUGUUCUAAAAGAGAAUGAGACUGGAGAAGUCAAUUGGGAUGCUUUUAGUAUGCCUGAGCUGCAGAACUUCCUGCGUAUCCUUCAACGUGAAGAAGAGGAGCAUGUCAGGCAGAUCCUGCAAAAAUAUACCCACUGCCGCCAAAAGAUUCAGGAGGCUCUGACCACCCGGACCCCGGGUUGAGGUGCCCAUUCCAGACCCAGCACUCCAGCAAGGAUAAGAUGCCAAAUACAAAGAAGUGGUGAAGCCAAGUGGAACUACGAAUGAAGCAAUCCUAGGAGUGUCUGUGGACUGAAUGUAAUUCUUUGGAGGGGCAGGGGGAUGGGAAAGGGGCUACAAGGAUGUCUGAUUCCCUUGGUGAGCCAAUGAAUGGGUGCAUGUGUGUCUGCUCCUUAUGGAGUGAAUGGUUAAUAGUGGUGUUGAGUGGAAGGCACAGUGGGAUCAGGUAGGAAUUACCUGAAGAAUGAGUGUAGAGAUGCAAAAAAUUAGUACGUUUGUGGCAAUCAGGAAUGUGAUGCCAUUUUUGUAUUACAGACUGGCUUGAUGGUGAGUUCAGCCAGUCUUGAGGUUUUUAAUAAGAGCAGAGUCAACCAAAAUGACCACAAAUUUGGAUGUAUCCCCAAGAAGUCACCCUAGCAAGCACUUUCCCCCCAAGACUUCUUUUGUAUUUCUGUUGGGAAUCUGAUUGUGAAGGCUCAUGAACUGGAUUGAAUAGACUAGUCAAUCUUACCUACUUUUUCUUUGGUUCAAAUAACAGAAGGACUGCUAGAAGAACUGAGCCCCAAGGUGCUUAUCAGCUAAAGAUAUUGGUUGGGCUGUAGCCAUACAAAACAAGGGGUAGUAAAGUCUGUCCCCCCCACUCAGGUGAAAUAGAAAUGGGACAUAAGCACAGCUGGAUAGCCUUUGGUAGUAUGUGGUAGGUAUCAAAAUGCCAAAGGAAUAAUUAUCCAUAGAAAAAAAGCAAGAGCGUUUCUCCCACUGUUGCUCUAACUCCAGUACUUAAUUUAGAAUUGCUGUUUAGAUUAAGGUUGAUGUCCUGCCUCACCCCAAAAGCAAGGACAGUAAAAGAAAAUAGAGUAUAGAGUGAUCUUCCAAAACCACAGAUCCAUGAAACGGAGGAGGAAAUAGACUGAUUGCUUUUCUGAUCCAGCUAUCCCUUAUGUUGCCCUGUAUAUGAAAAAUGUGGAGAUGGGGGACAUGACAAAUCCCAGGAUUUAGAUUUAUGAUCUGGUGAGGACAGCUCUUGCUUUGACUGUCUAAUUUGUGCACGCACACAGCCACCUGCAUGCCUUUGACAGACAUUGGCAUAUAUCUGACUUCAGCAAGACCUAGCAGGGAAUCCCUUCCUAUACCUGGGGAGUAGUUGUACUUCCUUCUUGUGGGGGUGGGUGGGUGGCAUCUGUACCCUGAAGCAAGUUACACUGCUUAUAUUUACAAAGCUUGAGCAAAUCUAUUUGUACGUCCUGUGAAAAGCGAAGUACGCUGUUCAGAGCAGGCACUUAGAGAAAACUGUGCUUAUUAGCAGUGGCAGGUCCUAUUGAAGAGUACAGUUUAAAAUAAAGAUUGCCUUGAGUACCCAGAAGAUGAAAAGUUCAGCUACUCAAGGUGUCAAUGGUGCUGUUUGUAUACCAAUCAAUAAAAGAUUCAGGGGUGAGAUGUGUCUGGUGUAUAUGUUCCUCUGGAACCAGUUUCUCGCUUUGACAGUAUGCAGAUGAAGCCCAGUCACCCUGAGCCUAGGGCCAAAUUCACUUCUCCCAUGGUGGCCUACUCAUUGUGUUUUCUAAUCUUGGCCACCCAUCUCUUUCUAAUAUUCCAACAAGG